CUGGUCCAAAGAAGGAAGCUGCGAAAUUUGACAGAAAACUGCAAAGCCACAUGUGAAGAUGAGCGUCCCAGACUACAUGCAAAGUGCGGAGGACCACCAGACAGUGCUUGUGGUGGUCCAGCCCGUCGGCAUAGUGCCCGAGGACCAGUUCUUCAAGAUCUACAAACGAAUUGCCAGUGUGAGCCAGGUGAGCAUCAGGGACUCCCAGCGCCUCCUCUACAUCCGCUACCGCCACCACUACCUGCCUGAGAACAACGAAUGGGGUGAUUUCCAGACGCACCGCAAGGUGGUGGGCCUCAUCUCCAUCACCACCUGCGCCUCGGCUAAAGAGUGGCCUCAGACCGCUGAGCGCUUCCACGGCCAGAAGGAAGUGUACAGCUCCACGCUGUAUGAUUCGCGGUUGCUGGCGUUUGGGCUGCAGGGAGAGAUUGCAGAGCAGCAGCGCACAGAUGUGGCCUUCUACCCCAGCUUUGAAGACUGCUCCGAUGUGGAGAAGAGAGUGGAAGACUUUGUGGAGUCGAUAUUUAUUGUUCUGGAGUCCAAGCGGCUCGACCGGGCUACAGAUAAGUCUGGUGACAAGAUCCCUCUGCUGUGCGUGCCCUUUGAGAAGAAGGACUUUGUGGGUUUGGACACAGAUAGCAGGCAUUAUAAGAAGCGUUGCCAGGGACGGAUGAGGAAGCAUGUUGGGGACUUGUGUCUCCAGGCAGGCAUGCUGCAGGACGCCCUGGUCCACUACCACAUGGCUGUGGAGCUGCUCAGAGGGGUUAAUGACUUCCUCUGGCUGGGUGCUGCGUUGGAGGGGUUGUGUUCAGCGUCUGUUAUAUUCCACUACCCCGGAGGCACAGCAGGGAAGGCGGCGGGACGCAAGCCAAGUAUCUCCCAGCCGGCAGACGCAGGGAAACGCCACAGACCAGGGGCUCAGGAGGUUCUCAUUGACCCAGGUGCCCUCACAGCCAACGGCAUCAGUGCAGACACCAGCACUGAGAUCGGACGAGCGAAGAACUGCCUGAGUCCCGAGGACAUUAUCGAGAAAUACAAAGAGGCCAUCUCCUACUAUGGAAAGUAUAAGAAUGCAGGCGUGAUCGAGCUGGAGGCCUGUGUGAAAGCGGUCAGGGUCCUCGCCAUUCAGAAGAGGGCCAGGGAGGCCUCCGAGUUCCUGCAGAACGCUGUUUACAUCAACCUGGGACAGCUGUCAGAGGAGGAGAAGAUCCAGCGCUACAGCAUCCUGUCCGAGCUCUACGAGCUGAUCGGCUUCCACCGCAAGUCGGCGUUUUUCAAGCGUGUGGCGGCGAUGCAGUGUGUGGCCCCCACCAUCCCUGAGCCCGGCUGGAGGGCCUGCUACAAGCUGCUGCUGGAGACGUUACCUGGCUACAGCCUGUCUCUGGAUCCCAAGGACUUCAGCAAAGGCACUCACAGAGGCUGGGCUGCUGUACAGAUGCGCCUCCUGCAUGAGCUGGUGUACGCCUCGCGUCGCAUGGGCAACCCUGGUCUGUCCGUGCGCCACCUGUCCUUCCUGCUGCAGACCAUGCUGGACUUCCUGUCCGAUCAAGAGAAGAAAGAAGUGACCCAGAGUCUGGAGAACUACACCUCCAAGUGUCCGGGGGGAAUGGAGGUCAUCACCCUUCCCGACGGCCUGAAGCUCCCUCCGGUGCCUUUUACAAAGCUUCCCAUUGUCCGAUCAGUGAAGCUGCUCAAUCUGCCUGUCAGCCUGCGCCCCCACAAAGUGAAAGGCCUGCUGGGACAGAACAUGUCCACCGCCAGCCCCUUCAUCUACUCGCCCAUCAUCAUGCACAACAGAGGAGAGGAGCGCUGCAAGAAGAUAGACUUCCAGUGGGUUCAAGGGGAUGUUUGUGAAGUGCAGCUCAUGGUCUACAACCCCAUGCCUUACGAACUUCGAGUGGAGAACAUGGGUUUGCUGACCUCUGGAGUGGAGUUUGAAUCUCUGCCUGCUGCGCUGUCCCUGCCCGCGGAGUCCGGCCUGUACCCCGUCACUCUGGUUGGCGCCCCGCGCACGGCCGGAAACAUCACUGUCAACGGUUACCACACGUCGGUGUUCGGCGUGACCAGUGAUUGCCUGCUGGAGGGCCUGCCUAGUGUGAAGACUGGUGGCUGUUUGGUGGAGGUCAUUCCCUCCCUGCCUCGCCUCCAGCUCAGCACAUCUCUACCACGGUCGGCGCACACGCCUCAGCCCAUGUCCAAAGAAGAACUGUCCAGCACUGUGUCCGUCCAGCUUUUCAACGGCGAGACCCAGCAGCUGACCAUCACCCUGGAGAACAUCGGCUCCGAGGACAUCGAGACUCUGGAACUCACCUCGAAGAUCGUCAGCACCAAAGAGAAAGUGUUCGGGGAGUUUCUGAGCUGGGAGCUGGAUGAGCCUCUGUCUCACCUGCCUCUAAAGUCCGGCCAGGCUGUGACACUGACUGUAAACAUCAAAGUCAAGCUGGACUUCUCUGGUCAGGAGAACCUGCUGCAGGACCUCAAUGACGAUGGGAUCAGUGUGACAGGCCUGCCAAUCUCCAGUCCGCUGCGCCAAGUCCUCAAACCCAGGCCCGAGAACAAGCCUGUCAGCAGUGAGUCUGGCAAAGCGGAGUACAGCCACAUUAAGAGUCUGGAAGCAGUGCUGAACUUCAAGUAUUCUGGGGGAGCAGGCAAAGUGGAGGGCUACUAUAGGGAACUGUCUCUGGGAGUCCAUGUUGAUGUGGAGCCGUCGGUGUUCUUCACCAGAGUCAGCACCCUCCCUGCUACCAGCACCCGCCAGUGUUACCUGCUGCUUGACAUCUUCAACCCAACAGAGCAUGAGCUCACUGUCACCGCCAAGAACAACCAGGACCUGGUUCUCCAUGCCAGCGAGUGCCAGAGAAUGGCCAUCCAGGUUGACAAGUUUGACUUUGAGAGUCUGCCACAGCCGGACCAGGAGACCGCUCGCUUCACUAACCCCAAACAGCUGGAGGAGGAGCGACAGCAUGCCCAGGGCUGCCAGAUCAACAGCAAGCUGGGCAUCUGUUGGAGCAUCCCCUCCCUGCGGCGCCGUGGAGAGGCCAGCGUGGAGGGAGUCCUCAACCAGCUGGUCCUGGAGCACCUGCAGCUCGCUCCUUUGCAGUGGGAUGUGUUAGUGAAUGGGAAGCCAUGUGACUGCGACAUCAUUGCCGACUGUAAAGUGGGCGAGGCCGUGGCUCUGGAGGUAAAACUGACCAAUCUGAGCAAGAACUCGGUGGGACCCCUGGCUCUGACCGUGGUGCCGUAUCAGGACUUCCAGAACGGAGUCCAAAACUACGACCUGGAGGACGCUGUCACCUUCAUCGGCUCCAACACCUUCUACAUUGAUACGGUUAAAGCCAAAGAAAACGCAGUCUGUGUGGGCGCUCUGCUCUUCCUCUACACCGGAGAUUUCUACCUUAAUAUCAAGUUCCAGGACGACAGUGCUGGACGGGAGCUUCCUUUAGCCUGGUUCACUCUGCCCAGUGUCCACAUCAAAGCUCUGGAUGCUCCGCUACAGGCCGGGGCCUAGGUCCCAAGAGACUUCAACGUUAUAGGAAAGGUGUCUGUAAAUAUGAUAGCCUUAUGAAUUGAAUCACUUGUAAAUAUCAUCUUGUUAAAGGUUUCAGUUUGUGUACAGCUGAGUGCAAUCUACUCAUCUAAAAUCUUAUCUUCAGAACGUUUGAAUUCUUUGUUUACAGGUUACAUGUAGUUUACAGGUGUUGGUCAGAAAAAUGCUAAAGCAAGUUUUAGAUAAUGCGUGAUUGCGUACAGAGCCAAUGGGAAGUUGCACGACUGUCCAAGGCUUUAUAGCUCUACUUCAUAGAUGUACAGAGAGAGACUGAAGGAAACUGAUGUUCUGAUAUUUAAAACUGACAACAAACUCAAGCAAACAAACUUCCACAGCAACUUUGCUUCGUAUGUUGCGAGCUAGCUCAAGUUACAACUGAUGUCUGUACAGUUGGCACAUUCGGCUGUUUGUUCCUGUCUGACAACUCCGUAUCAUCAUGAUUUAUCACAGUGAAAUCAGUUCAUUUCAGAGGAAUCACCGCAGUCAUUGAACUCACGCAUACAAGAGAUGCAGAUACCAGUGUGUUCUCUUGAAUUAACCGUGGUUUCUUAUUGUCCAGGUUAGCAACCAAGCCAGUUAGCUUUCUAAACGCUAGUAAGCAAGCUAUUGUGGUUGGAGCCUGUUACCAGAUAGCUAAACUAGCCGCAACAAAAGGAUAGCUACGGUGCGACUCCACGGCUAGCCGCUACAUCGCUAAGCUUCCAGUAGCACCUUUUUUCGCAAGGACUAUGCGGUGUAGCCAGGCGCUAACACCAUGGUCACACUUUGUCUUCUCUUCUCUUUUUGACUUCCAGUGCCAUCGAUUCAGUUGAUUCUUUUAUAUCAAAAUGUAAUAUAUAAUAUCAUUGUAAAGAGAAUCAGAAGAAGAUGUUAGCAUACGUGUGCUAAAGACCUCAGAGUUGGUAUCGAUGGCUGAGACGAGCUUCACAGAAACACUGGGAGUGUGAUCGACCAGAUUUCUAUCGACAUUUUCUCCCGCCUCUGUGCCAUUACACUGGAAUUUGACUGUCUUAGAUCGGCCUAUCAUUACGUGUGACGUAUAAUUGUUAUAAAUAAACGUUAAAAG